CAACACUUCAAACACAACAAAAUACCCUGGCACUAAGGGGACUGAAUAUAAACAGAAGAAGGGUCAACAUGGUUAGUGUCAUUUUAUCAAGAACCUAAUUCUCAACAACAGACGAGCAGGCGGCGGCGGGAGCGACAGAGAAGAAAAUUGCAGCGACUACCGGCCGGCGGUGUGCUGCAGCAGGUUGGAGAUCUCUCUGCAGACCGCACCAUGCCUCUCUCCGAGGCGCCUUGGGACUGAUCGGAUACGCAAGCGACAAAUCGCUGUAAACAGCCACCAGCUGACCCCCCAUGAUACCCCCCUCCCCUCGGCACAACAACACUGAUCUUAUUUAUUGUUAUGUAUUGACGCCGGGCCGAUAUCUGGAUAAAGGACCUGCCUGCUUGGGAACAUAGGACUGGAAUGCCAACAAGAUUUCCGAGGCUCCAAGAUCUGGAUUAAAAUUCGGCCCUCUGCUUCAAGUCCUGACCAUUUCACUCCAUUCAAGCACUGCAUCUGUGGAAAGCUGGUUGAUGAAUGUAACACACUCACUCCCAAGGUCCUCUGCCCCUCCUCCUGUCCCUUCUCAGCAUGGCGAGACGGAGGUUAGACUGCUUUCUUUUGGACCAGGUGUUUAGUGGCCUGAUACUAUUAUUGGUAGGACAGUCCUUUGUCCAGAGCAACGAGUGUCCCCAGCUGUGUGUAUGUGAGAUCCGACCCUGGUUUACCCCGCAGUCCACCUACAGAGAAGCCAUUACUGUGGACUGCAAUGACCUUCGCUUGACACGCAUUCCGGGGAACCUCUCCAGUGAAACUCAGGUUCUCCUCCUACAGAGCAACUACAUCGCAAGAACCAGUGAGGAGUUGGAGCAGCUUUUCAACCUGACUGAGUUGGACUUGUCGCAAAACAACUUCAGUAGUAUUCAGGAUGUUGGCCUUACCAAUAUGUCUCAGCUCACCACGCUUCAUCUGGAGGAAAACCAAAUAACUGCAAUGCCUGAUUACUGUUUGCAGGAUCUAAGCAACUUGCAAGAGCUCUACAUAAACCACAAUCAGAUCAGCAUCAUCUCUGCUAAUGCCUUUUCUGGGCUCCACAACCUGCUCAGACUUCACCUCAAUUCUAACAAGCUCAAGACCAUAAGCAGCCAGUGGUUUGAAUCUACUCCCAAUCUUGAAAUCCUCAUGAUUGGGGAGAACCCUGUUGUUGGAAUAGUGAACUUCAAUUUCAAGCCACUGGGCAAUCUCAGAAGCUUGGUUUUGGCUGGGAUGGAUUUGACUGAAAUUCCUGGAAAUGCCUUUGUAGGACUUGACAAUCUCGAGAGCCUUUCUUUCUAUGACAAUAAGUUGGUACAAGUUCCUCAGACAGCCCUCCAAAAAUUACCAAACCUCAAGUUCUUGGAUUUGAACAAAAACCCAGUCCACAAGAUUCAGGAAGGAGAUUUCAAGAACAUGCUGAGACUGAAGGAGCUGGGCAUAAAUAAUAUGGGAGAGCUAGUUUCUAUUGACAGGCACGGCCUGGACAACCUUCCUGAGCUUACAAAGCUGGAGGCCACCAAUAACCCCAAGUUCUCCUUUAUUGACCGUCAAGCGUUUCGUGAUGUUCCGGCCUUGGAGAGUCUAAUGAUGAACAGCAAUGCCCUGAAUGCCCUCUAUAAGUCCACAGUGGACUCUCUCCCAAAUUUACGUGAGAUUAGCAUUCACAGCAAUCCCCUGCGCUGUGACUGUGUCAUCCAAUGGAUGAGCUCAAAUAAAACCACUGUACGUUUCAUGGAACCUCAGUCCAUGUUUUGUGCCAUGCCAGCAGAGGUUAGAGGUAUGCAUGUGAGGGAGGUUCUGCAGAAUCAUUUAGUAAACAUGUGUCUGCCUAUGAUUUCUCAUGAUACUUUCCCAAGCCACCUAAACCUUGACAUUGGCAUGACUGUGGACUUAGACUGCAGAGCUAUGUCCCAGCCUGAACCUGAAAUCUACUGGGUAACACCAUUGGGGAGCAAAUUAAUGAUGGACACCGCAUCUGAAAAGUACAGCCUCAGCAAUGAAGGCACAUUGAGGAUUUUUCAAAUCCAAGUAGAAGAAUCUGGCAGAUACACCUGCGUAGCUCAAAAUUCAGAGGGCGCUGAUACAAGAGUGAUAGCUAUACGGGUGAAUGGAACUCUGUUAGACAACACUCAGCUUAUGAAGAUCUAUGUCAAACAAACUGAAUCCCACUCUUUACUGGUCUCAUGGAAAAUAAACUCCAAUGUAAUGACCUCUAACCUUAAGUGGUCAUCUGCCACCAUGAAAAUAGACAACCCACAUAUUACUUACACUGCCAGAGUACCUGUGGAUGUCCAUGAGUACAACCUCACGCAUUUACAACCAGCAACUGAGUACGAGGUGUGCCUCACUGUCUCCAAUAUCUAUCAACAAACGCAGAAGUCGUGUGUGAAUGUGACAACAAAGCAGUUACCCUUCACUGUUGAGAUUUCUGACCAGGGUACCAACACUGCCCUCGCAGCAGUUAUGGCAACAAUGUUUACAAUCAUAAGUCUGACCUGUCUGGGAGUGUACAUUGCUAAGAGGUUGAAGAGAAAAAACUAUCAUCAUUCUCUGAAGAAGUACAUGCAGAAAACUUCCUCUAUACCUCUAAAUGAACUGUACCCUCCUCUUAUCAACUUGUGGGAGGCUGACACAGAAAAGGAGAAGGAGGGCUCAUCUGAGACCAAACCCAGUCAGGUGGACACUACACGCAGCUAUUACAUGUGGUGAGAGCUGCAUUCCAGUGGCAGAUACAGAGACAAGAUUCUUUCAGGAGCACAAAUAGAAAUACUUGCUUCUUAGUGUAAAAGUGAACUGACUCUUUUGUUCGUUUCUGUUUACAUUUCUAUCUUCAGAUCUUAAAGACUUUUUUUCUUUAAGUGAUUCACAAACUGAGAUUUAUAGAUCUUUAGUUUAGCAUACACCUUUUUUGUACCUCCACUUUGUAACAUGAUUUGACAGCUUUGUUUAGCUGUCUGGACUUAGUAUUCACUGUGCUUUCUUUAGUACUUGUGUUGAUUAACACAGCAUGAGCAUUGUCACAGAUGUAGCAUACAAGAGCAAAGGAGGAGCUGAUCUCAAAGCAUCUUUUUUCACAUUUUCUGGCAGAACUGUUAGAGACAGUUAUCUUUUUUCUCUUGUUAAACAGUUUUACUGUUGACUGUUGUGCACUGAAAUAUAUAUAUAUACUAAUUUGUCUAUCAACUCAAAUAUAAGCUGGCAAAGUAUGUUUAGACUUGAUAUACUGUCUAUUGAAUAAUGUUAGCUAUUCCUCUGUAAUGUUGUAUCAGCUAUGAAUUGAAUUACUUUUUGUACAUUGAAUAACAGUAUUUUUGAUUCAGACUUUAAGUUUGCAGAGCAGCUACUGUAAACCAGCAAUAGAAAAUGAAUGUUAUUGACUAGAUAAGCAGAAGUAAGGCUUUUGAAAUUUCUUUCUAUUUUCUUAUUUUACUACAUUAUGUAAACAAUCACUGGUUUUGUUAUGGUUUGCCCACUUUAACAUGCUGUUUUGAGGAGCAAAUUUAAUAAAAUCAUCUUUCCUC